CGCAACAUUCUUCCCAAAAGCACCCUCAUACUCAAUCAAAAUGGCACGCGGUAACCAAAAGGAGAGAGCUCGUGAAAAGACCCUGAAGGCAGCCGGCAACGUCGUAAGCUUUUCUCAACAGGGAUCAACAUUUUCUAAGGGAGAUCGCUUUGCUGACAUCUUGCCUUCAUCUAGAAAAACAAGAACAACGUAUGAUUUCUUCGCGAGCGUGCAAUCGUGAUAUUCAUUAAUCAUCUAUCUAGAUGUCCGGCUCCGAGCAGGCCAAGGCCAAGGAUGAUGCAGCCGCUAUUAUGCGUGCAAAGCAGGCAGCAGGUCCGUCUCUCUGAUUGUUCUUAUCGUUGUUUUUUUUGACAUGUUUGUAGCCGACGCCAAGAAGGCCGCCGAGGGCAAGAAGUAAAUUCACUGCACAUCAACACACAUCAAGGCGCAAUC